CAGAAAUCAGUUUGCAGAGACUCUUUCACCUGCACAUCCUGUCCCAAAGCUUCUGACCCUGAGUGAUCGUUAAUUAUCUCUCUCUCUCUCUCUCUCUCUCUCUCUCUCUCAACCUCUCGCCUCUCUAUCUUUCGCGCGUGCUUCUUCCUUCACAGCACUUUCUCUGUAGCUGUUAUACUUUAUUCUGCAUUCUGAUAUAGCUUUCCCUCAAUACACUCUACAAUGCAUUGAUCUUUAUGAACCGUGGGCAGGACAGGUUUUUCGCUGUACCUCGAUCCAUGUAACAAUAACAACCCGAUUUAUUUUUUUCAUAUUCAAUCUGUGUAUUUCUCCAUCGCUGUCCUCUCUCAGUCUAUCUCCACCGCUGUCCGGAGCUGUACCUCCCGCUCUAGUUAUUUGUCUCUGAUAUGCGGACUGCCCCUGCUUCUGAACAUUUGUACAAAAGGAGACAGCGGCAACCAAAGAGUUAAUUCAAAAGUACAAAACAAAAAUGCUGGGAGCGCUUUGCAGGUCAGACACGUGUGGAAAGAAAGAGUUUGAAGUUUCACGUCGUCUUUAAAGCAGCCGCCCUCUUCAGAGGCAAGGAGCGUUCAGUGAAGCUUCGGCGAGACAUCAGCGGCACCACUCAGACCCCAGUGACUUCUGAACGAGCUGGUGUUGUCUGAGGUAAUGGUGACUUACUGAGCCCAGUGCUGCUCCUGUCGGUGGGAUUCCUCGGGGAGCGGUUCCGAGUUGCGGGAAUAAUGAUCCAGGUCUGAAUGAGCUGUUAUUCCUGGGAAGACCAGUGAGAUUCCAGGGAAUGAGCGUACUCUGCAGGCCAGGCCCAGCCAGAGAUGAUGAAAUCACCUCUCUCCGCUCUCGUUAGUCCGAUUCUCCUCCUCUUCAUCAGCGGCACCCCGCUGGGCUUGGGCUGGGUCGCCGUGGGACUUGUGGGCGACACCCACCCAGGGUGGCAGAGGUUGCUGGCCGAGGGCGAUGGUUGCCCGGAUUGUGAGGCGGAGCUAUGCACCCCUCCCCGCGGCUGCCUGGCCGGGCUGGUGCAGGACUCCUGCGGCUGUUGCUGGGAAUGCGCCAACAUCGAGGGGCAGCCAUGUGACCUGGACAACACCAACCACUUCUACGGGCAGUGUGGGGAGAACUUGGAAUGCCGGCUGGAGCUGGGCGGCUUGAAAGAAGGGGAGAUCCCCGAGCCCCAGUGUGUGUGUCGCUCCAACCAGGCUGUGUGUGGUUCCGACGGCCAGACCUACCCCCACAUCUGCCGCUUCCAGGAAGCAGCUAGGGCCAGCCAGACAUCCAACCUCAGCCUGGCUCAUGAGGGCCCCUGCGAGGCAGUCCCACAGAUCAUCUCCCCUCCAAUCAGCAUUUGGAAUACCACCGGGGAGGACGUCAUCUUUGGCUGUGAGAUCUUUGCUUACCCAAUGGCUGCCAUCGAGUGGCGGAAGGAGGGGCUGGAAACCUUCCUGCCAGGAGACGACCCCCACAUCUCUGUGCAGUUUCGAGGAGGCCCAAUGAAAUACGAGGUGACGGGCUGGCUGCAGAUCCAGGGAAUCCGCGCUUCGGACUCGGGAACGUACCACUGCUGUGCUCGAAACAGACUGGGGCAAGUCUCGGCAGCUGCCAGUCUGACAGUGGUCUCACCAGAUCAGCUGGAUGAGCUGGACACUCCGUGGAGACAAGCCCAGCCACUGGUGGACGACUACUCAGAUAUGGACGACUAUUACUGACCACUACACCAAGGCCAGCAGGGGGCAAUAAUAUUCGACUGGGAGGGAGCAAUGGUUAUAAUAAAGUCUGCUGGUGUCACCCAAAUAACUCCUCGAUCUUACUUUUCCUUUUUACUGGCUUCUGUGGGUCUUUGCCAUGUGCAGAGAGUUGGUUCCCAAAGGCUCCCAUUGACACAUUCAUAGAACAUUAGAGCACAGUACAGGGCUUUGGGACUUUUAGCCUAAUCCAAGAUCAACCUAACCCUUCCCACCUACAUAACCAUCCACUUUUGUAUCAUCUACAGUAUGUAGGUUAGUGGAAGGAUAGAGGAUCGGGAAGCUUUUAAAAACCUACAGAGAGCAACUAAAAGAAUUAUUAGGAGGGAAAAGAUGAAAUAUGAGAGCAAUCUAGCAAACAAUAUCAAAGUGGAUUGUAAAAGCUCUUUCAAGUAUGUAGAAAAUAAAAGAGAGAUGAGAGUAGAUAUAGGACUGCUAUGGCGGGAGGAGAGAGAGCAGCGCACCACACGUGCGCAGCCCUCCGGUGAAAAAUGAUAUCGUAUCCGUUAAAUAGGGGCCGUGGACAAUUCUGAUUUGAUGGAGAUGGACGUGAAAGCACAGAGGAACAUCUGGAGAAAUUUCUGAAACGCUCAUUCGCUGCUGUCGUUACUGCGUGGUCGGGAAUCUUCCGGAGGGAAGGCCUCAAAAUCCCCGGCCUUGCCUGCUGUUGGCGACUGAGAUUGAGGUCGAAUCAUUCGGACAGAGAUGGCGCUCAGUACUCGGCGUUGGCGAGCUGAUCAGAGCUCGAAGUUUUCGGAUGACUCAGAGUCCGACUGUGGUCUGCAUGGCAGGGAGAGUUUUUCUUCCUUCUCCCAUCUGCGUGAGAUGUGGGACAUUUGAGAGACUUUGAACUUUUUACUGUGCUCAUGGACUUCUUCAUCAAGUUAUGGUAUUGUUGCACUGUUGUAACUAUAUGUUAUAAUUAUGUGGUUUUGUCAGUUUUUUCAGCCUUGGUCUGUCCUGUGUUUUGUGAUAUCACACCGGAGGAAAAAUUGUAUCAUUUCUUAAUGCAUGCAUUACUAAAUGACAAUGAAAGAGGACUGUGUGUCUUCAUAAUCUAAAAAAUCUAAAAAAUGAGGCAGGA